AUUGUAAGAAAAAAGUUACCACGACGAUACUUUCGCUCUUUGUGUUCGGCUUAGUAAAUAUCGCAAGAAAAUCUCGUUAUUUCAUAAAAAAUCUAUCUAAUUUAUGCUUAAAUCGCAGACCAUUCAUUACUGCUUACAAUGGAAGAAGAUUGGGAGCAACUAAGCGAGCAGGGGAAGCUGAUACCGCCAGCAAAAAAACCAGUUGCCAAUAAAUGGGACGGCGAGGACGAAGAAGAAGAAGUAAAGGACAGCUGGGAAGACGAGGAUGAAGUAGAAGAAAAAAAGGAUGAAGAAAAGGUCGAAACCCCAAAAGCUAAACCGAAGAAAACUCUUCAACAAAAAAUUGCUGAAAAAGAAAAGCUAAAACAAGAGGAACUGGAACGACGGAAACAAGAAUUGGCAGAAGAAAAUGCGACUCCAGAGCAAAAGCUAGCCGAGAAACUUCGACUCCAGAAGUUGCAGGAAGAGUCGGACUUAAAGAAUGCCAUGGAAACCUUCGGAGUGACUACCCUAGUCGGUGGAAUUGAUGGAAUGCAUCCUACUACAAAGGAGGAAUUUACCGAACUGGCUGAUGCUAUCAGUAAGAAGUUCUCCGAUUAUAAAAGCAACCCGGAAUAUCCAAAUUUCCUCGAGGAGCUAGUCAUGAAAAUAUUUGCUAGUUUGCCAUCUGCUAAUAUAAGAAAAGUGAAAGGAGCUUUGGAUAAUUUGUACCUCGAAAAGCAAAAAUUGGAAAAAGGUGACAAGCCCAAAAAGAGUAAAGGUGGUAAAAUUAAGGCUAGACUGCGAAUGGAUGGUGAAAAUCAAAACUUUGAUGAAUAUCCAACAAAGUACGAUGAUUACGACGAGUACGACGAUUUCAUGUAACAUUCACUUCGAAGACAGACAGUGUUUGUGGUCAAUUUAGUCAUAUUUCUAAAGAAAAGUGAUUAAUUGGGAUAAAAGAUAUGAGAAAUUUAUUUUCAACCAAACAAUGGGUAUAUUGUUAACGGUUAAUCAAGUGCAGGAAUAAUCGUUGAGACUUGUUUGCUCUACUAUAACCAUUUUAGGCAUCUAGCAGCUCCAUAGAAAACGUUUAGCUUUUAAAGCUUCUUAUUAAAAUUAUCAAAUCAAAACACACGUAAUCAUUAAAGUUAGCAAAGUAUGAAUCAUUUUACAGCCAGCUUGUUUUGCAUCUCUGUUUCAUUGUGACGUUAGUAAGGCAAGACAACAUUAAACUGUUCAAUAUUUUAGAAAGUUCGUUUUUUAACAGAUUUAUAACGCUGAUGGGCAGAGUAGUGAUAUAAGAAAGCGAGUAAAUAAAAUCACUACAGGAAGAUAUAGAAAAAGGGAAAUAGACAGGUUCAGAGCGCAAGCAAUCGCAAAGCAUUGCGCAUACUAGCGUAUCAUUUGCGGCUGAAUGAAUUGUUCUUGAAUCAGUCUUUUUGGGAUUGAGCCUACUUGAUGUAAAUAAAAGAAGUUUGGGUUCAUUG